CCGGAAACCGACAGGCCGGCAGGAAAUGACGAAGGCAGAGGUCGUCCGGGUGCGCUCGGUAACCGGUCCCGCGCGCCCGCCGACUCCGGGGAGGAGGCCCCGAGCGGAGCAGCGCCGGCCUCGUGCCGCCUCCGGAGCGAGCCGCCUUUAUCUGGUUAUGCUUGUUUCCUUGGGACUUAAUUCAGCUCUUCCUACUGAAAUAGUUCAACCGUUACAUCACAGGACAAAUGUGAAAAAAGGAGCUUGCUCAAUUGCUCCAGCUAGCUUCAAACUUGCUAUCCUCCUGCAUCAGCCUCCCAAGUCACUAGGAUUACAGUCCCAUGGCUGGAAGUUACGGAGUGAUGGGUGAUGAUGGUUCUAUUGAUUAUACUGUUCAUGAAGCCUGGAAUGAAGCCACCAACGUUUACUUGAUAGUGAUCCUUGUUAGCUUUGGUCUCUUCAUGUAUGCCAAGAGGAAUAAAAGAAAAAUUAUGAGGAUAUUCAGUGUACCACCUACUGAAGAAAUGUCAGAGCCCAACUUUUAUGACACAAUGAGCAAAAUUCGCUUAAGACAACAACUGGAAAUGUAUUCCAUUUCAAGGAAAUAUGACUACCAGCAGCCACAAAACCAAACUGACAGUGUGCAGCUCUCAUUGGAAUGAGACCUCAAAAAAUGAGCAACAGAAGUACUUAUUAUUAAACAGUACAGUAGCAAGCUCCUAAUUCUUUCUGCUAAAUCAUGAACAGCAUUUUAAAAAUUUUUGUACAAAAUCAUUUUACUUGUGAUUUUUUUUCCACUUUUUUUGCAUUGUUUUGCUUUUAAAAAUUGCUUCUCCUGGUUAUUUGGUACACAUAUAUAGUACUCAAAAGACUUGAACACACAGAGACUAUAAAUACCCAGAAAGAUGCAGUAUAACCAGAGAUGGGGACUUUACCUUGUGGGGACCUUUGAUUUUUCAGGAUACAAUCAGUGAGAACUAAGUCUAUCUUUGGAAGUGAGAUUCUUGGAGCUUAUGCCACCUUCAUUAGAAUAUUUUUCCAAAAUAAAAAAUAAAAAUCUAGCCAUUAGAAUAAGUUCCUCUAAGAUUGUAUUCUGUCUUAAGUAUCAGAAUUAGUAUCAGUAAUAGACUAAUUUGUGUUCUCAUUACUGUUAAUGACUCAAAUUAGAGAUUUUUGGUUCUUCAGAACUUGUAUACUUAAAUUGUCUUUUCUAUAUCAUGACACAUAUCCAUCCACUAAUUUUAGAAGUUUUCCAUAACUGAAUUUUACCCCUUAUUAAUUGUGUUCCAAGAGUUUUUUUUCUGUUGUUGUUCUCUUGUUUUGGUUUGGAAGAUGAUGGCUUUCUUUAGGCCAUACUGGGUCCAUCUGUUGGACAAAUGGAUACCCCUAUAUUAAUUGGCAACUUGCUUUUCAGUCCUAUCAUUAUCACUGUGUAGUGUUACUCUCUGGUUUCUUCUACUCUUUUAGCAUAAUAAGCUUUUCUGAAGAUCCUCCUCUUUUGUUCCAUUUUAUAUUGUACAGUGGAAUGUUUUUACCUAAUUUUUCAUAUUUAUUUAAAAGCUUGUUGGAGGUAGUGGUAGGGAAAUUCAACUGUCUGUAUAACUCAAAGAAUCAAUUUUUGAAUCUUAAGUGCUAAUAACAAAUUUAAUUAUUUCCUUUUAUUGUGAAAUUAAAGAAUAUGUUUAAUAUGAAAAUUAAAGUUUAGACAAAAUAAAACCAGGGAUAUUGCAUUUACUUUUAAUAUUUGAUUACAUCAUUCAAAAAUGUAUAUAUUUUACAUAAUGCAUCAUUGACCAAAUGGAAUAAUUCUUAAUUCACAAAAGAGUCUGGAUGCUCCUCCUAUAUAUAGAAUUAAAAAGUGACUCAAGGAUUCUAAAUGGUUUUAAAUAUGGGCUGGGGUAGCAGACAGGCAAGGGGACAAUCUUAAAUUUUGCUUUGCCUUAGGAUAACUCCUGUUUGUUUUCAUGAAUACAGAAUUAGUCUGGGGCACAAUCUGGGCAGAUUAUAGAAUUAAGAAUUUGAGGCAUAAUCCGAACAAAUCACAAAAAUUGACUGUCUCAGAUGGUUUGUAAAAGUAAUGUACAUAAAUAAAUAUAAAUCACACAAUGA